AUGACAACAUUAGGUGCCAGUGGUAAAAAUGAUGUAGAAAACUAUAAAAACCUCACACGUAUGAGGUCUGUGAAAAAACCACGAUUUAUUUCUUUGGGUGGUAUAACAGACAGUAUAAAUGUGGGUUUGGAUUUUUCGGUUCCAUUCCUUAAAAUACCGUUAAACAAAAAUACUCAUUCCGGAUUUGGACUAAAUCAUUUGGGUGCACCGAUACUUACUUUUGAUCCAACGUCUCUAGCAUUCGGUGGUAUUUUGGUGUUAGUAACAAGCUUUCUUGCCUCAGCCUUUACUAAAGAUUUCGCUCCAAUGCAAAAUCACCGUCGUUACGGCAGACGUACGUAA